AACUGUAACUUCUUUCCCCAUGUAGCAAGCAAGGGAAAUGGUACUGGAGAUCAUCCGAGAGAAAGAUCAGGCAGACUUCCGAGGCGUACGCAAUGAUUUCAGUUCUAGAAUGGGAGGAGGCAGCAUAGAGGUCUCUGUGCCCAGGUUUGCUGUUGGAAUUGUGAUAGGAAGAAAUGGAGAAAUGAUCAAAAAGAUUCAAAAUGAUGCUGGAGUUAGGAUUCAAUUUAAACCAGAUGAUGGGAUUAGUCCUGAAAGAGUCGCACAGGUCAUGGGUCUUCCUGAUAGGUGUCAACAUGCAGCACACAUCAUCAACGAGCUUAUCCUCACGGCACAGGAACGAGAUGGCUUUGGAAGCUUGGCUGUCACUCGGGGAAGAGGUCGUGGCCGUGGGGACUGGAGCGUUGGAACCCCUGGGGGCAUGCAGGAAAUAACCUACACGGUGCCAGCUGAUAAGUGUGGUCUUGUUAUAGGCAAAGGUGGUGAGAACAUCAAGAGCAUAAAUCAACAGUCAGGAGCCCACGUGGAGCUCCAGAGAAACCCACCUCCAAACACAGACCCUGGUGUACGAAUAUUCACAAUCAGAGGAAUUCCCCAACAGAUUGAGCUCGCUAGACAUCUCAUAGAUGAGAAAGUUGGUGGUACCAGCAUGGGAGGACCUGGAGGAUUUGGUCAAAGUCCGUUCAGCCAAGCACCUGCCACACCUCAUCAAAAUGGUCCUCAGGCGUUCAUGACGCAGGGUUGGGGCAGUACCUACCAGACGUGGCAGCAGCCUGGACAGCAAGUCCCAAGCCAACAGAGCCAGCAGCAGAACAGCCAUCCCGAUUACAGCAAAGCAUGGGAGGAGUAUUACAAAAAACAGAGUCAUGCUGCCAGUGCUGCUUCUCAGGCGAGUUCCCAGCCGGACUACACGAUGGCUUGGGCAGAGUAUUACAGACAGCAGGCUGCCUACUACGGGCAGACACUAGGGCAGGCUCAGGCCCACAGCCAGGAGCAGUAGAACAAGGUCCUUGCGGCAAUUUUUUUUUCUUGGAAUCAUUGUGGAAGAAAACCUUUUUGUAACAGAGGUUUCUAGAUUUGCAACAUUUUGAUGAAGACUUUUCUGUUUGUUUGUGAAACACUAGUUGUAGGAUAAUCUAUACUGAACUUUUCUAAGAAUCAGGAACAAUUAGUAAUGUACUAAACUCAUGGACAUGCUGGUAAUUUUGUUUCCAAAUUUGUAAAAA